CCCGUCCCUGAUGUCACAAUUCAGAGGCUGCUGCCUGCUUAGGAGGUUGUAGAAAGCUCUGUAGGUUCUCUCUGUGUGUCCUACAGGAGUCUUCAGGCCAGCUCCCUGUCGGAUGGCUUUUAUGAAAAAAUAUCUCCUCCCCAUUCUGGGGCUCUUCAUGGCCUACUACUACUAUUCUGCAAACGAGGAAUUCAGACCAGAGAUGCUCCAAGGAAAGAAAGUGAUUGUCACAGGGGCCAGCAAAGGGAUCGGAAGAGAGAUGGCUUAUCAUCUGGCGAAGAUGGGAGCCCAUGUGGUGGUGACAGCGAGGUCAAAAGAAACUCUACAGAAGGUGGUAUCCCACUGCCUGGAGCUUGGAGCAGCCUCAGCACACUACAUUGCUGGCACCAUGGAAGACAUGACCUUCGCAGAGCAAUUUGUUGCCCAAGCAGGAAAGCUCAUGGGAGGACUAGACAUGCUCAUUCUCAACCACAUCACCAACACUUCUUUGAAUCUUUUUCAUGAUGAUAUUCACCAUGUGCGCAAAAGCAUGGAAGUCAACUUCCUCAGUUACGUGGUCCUGACCGUAGCUGCCUUGCCCAUGCUGAAGCAGAGCAAUGGAAGCAUUGUUGUCGUCUCCUCUCUGGCUGGGAAAGUGGCUUAUCCAAUGGUUGCUGCCUAUUCUGCAAGCAAGUUUGCUUUGGAUGGGUUCUUCUCUUCCAUCAGAAAGGAAUAUUCAGUGGCCAAGAUCAAUGUAUCAAUCACUCUCUGUGUUCUUGGCCUCAUAGACACAGAAACAGCCAUGAAGGCAGUUUCUGGGAUAGUCCAUAUGCAAGCAGCUCCAAAGGAGGAAUGUGCCCUGGAGAUCAUCAAAGGGGGAGCUCUGCGCCAAGAAGAAGUGUAUUAUGACAGCUCACUCUGGACCACUCUUCUGAUCAGAAAUCCAUGCAGGAAGAUCCUGGAAUUUCUCUACUCAAUGAGCUAUAAUAUGGACAGAUUCAUAAACAACUAGGAACUCCCUGAGGGCUGGGCAUGCUGAGGGAUUUUGGGACUGUUCUGUCUCAUGUUUAUCUGAGCUCUUAUCUAUGAAGGCAUCUUCCCAGAGUGUCCCCAGAGACAUGCAAGUCAUGGGUCACACCUGACAAAUGGAAGGGGUUCCUCUAACAUUUGCAAAAUGGAAAUGUAAUAAUAAUGAAUGUCAUGCACCGCUGCAGCCAGCAGUUGUAAAAUUGUUAGUAAACAUAGGUAUAAUUACCAGAUAGUUAUAUUAAAUUUAUAUCUUAUAUAUAAUAAUAUGUGAUGAUUAAUACAAUAUUAAUUAUAAUAAAGGCCACAUAAACUUUAUAAAUUCAUAACUGGUAGCUAUAACUUGAGCUUAUUCAGGAUGGUUUCUUUAAAACCAUAAACUGUACAAAUGAAA